AUGAUAUCUCUACUUAUUCGAGUUUACACAUCCUUCGUCCCGCCGACACCCGAGAAGAAAAGUGAUGCUGUCAGAUUAGGCAUCUUAGGAACCGCGCAAACUGCCCCCCUAUCGCUGGUCCUGCCAGCGAAGUCGCAUCCUGAAGUCGUUUUGCAAGCUGUCGCUGCGAGAGAUCGUACUCGUGCCGAAGCAUUCGCAAAGAAGCAUGGGAUCCCCGAUGUCAGAGACACAUAUCAGGGCUAG